AUGGCGUCCAAAGCAAUGAUCCCGGUCCUGGUAGCCAUGAUGCUGCUGACGGGCAUGUGCAACACCCUCUUUACCAAGNACAUGCAAUGUGUCGCCAACUGUGACGACCCCAACCCAGCCAAGCGCAAGAACUUCGAGCAGCCCGUCAUUCAGACACUACAGAUGUUUGUCGGCGAGUCUGGAUGUUGGCUCGUCGUCUUCAUCUCCUACCUCUUCUGUCGCUUCGUCACCAAGACAUCUGACGCGAACGCAUACCAGCCACUCGGCACGGACGACAGUCGCAACCCUCUGUUGCAAGAGGACGUCGAAGCUCCCGCCGAUGCCACCAACGUGCCUGCCAAACCCUUUGCCGAUGCAGAGCACGCUGGACAGCGGCUGCCGCUCAGGGGAUGGAAGAUUCUACUGCUCGCCCUGCCUGCAUGCUGCGACAUCGCCGGAACCACCUUGAUGAACGUCGGCUUGCUGUUCGUCGCAGCCAGUAUAUACCAGAUGACCAGAGGUGCUCUCGUGCUCUUCGUCGGACUCUUCAGUGUCGUCUUCCUCAAGAGACACUUGAACGCUUUCAAAUGGGCCAGCUUGUUCAUCGUCGUCGCAGGAGUGGCAGUCGUUGGCUUGGCUGGAGCUUUGGAGAACAAGAAGGCCACAGUGCCUGGAACCACACCUGGAGCUGACNCCCCGAGCAUGAGCGAGCUGCGGCACCAGAUGGCUCACAGCACCAUCCACAUGGUUCGUGACGUUGCGAAGAGCGUCGCGGCUACUGCUCAAGAACACUCGGCAGCCCAAACCAUCAUUGGUAUACUUUUGAUCGCGGGAGCACAAAUCUUCACGGCAUCGCAAUUUGUGCUGGAAGAAAGCAUCAUGGCCAAGUAUGAGCUAGACCCUCUGGCAACUGUCGGAUGGGAAGGAGUUUUUGGAUUCUCAGUCACGGCUAUUGGUAUGGUGUUUCUACACUUUGCAGUCGGACGUACCGAGGCUGGCAGAGGAGGGUACUUUGAUGCCAAGGAAGGACUGGGACAAGUGCUUCAGCAUAGAGCGAUCGCAGUCAGCAGUCUGUUGACGAUGGUGUCGAUUGGUGGCUUCAACUUCUUUGGACUGUCGGUCACGCGUACAGUGUCGGCGACAGCUCGCAGCACUAUUGACACUUGCCGAACACUGUUCAUCUGGGUGGUCAGUCUUGGGCUAGGAUGGGAGACAUUCAAGUGGCUUCAGGUGGUGGGCUUUGGACUGUUGGUGUACGGCACCAUGCUGUUCAACGAAAUCAUCCAACCACCUACCGUGGGAUUCUUGCGCAAGAGGAUUGCGCUCGAGUCGGAGGAUGACAGAAGGGGAGAAGUGAUU